CUUUUCACUUCUCUGUCGCUCUCUCUGCUUGUGGAGUGGCUCGAAAUUCUCAACAAUGGAGAUUUCGAUAAACGCCACGAUUCUUUCACCUAUCCGUUUCCUCAAAGCCAACGUAGCUAACUGCUUAUCCGUUAAAGCUCCUCCGCUUUGCUGCUUGAUGAAAAAUGGAGAGGCAGCCAAUGGAUUAUUUGAAGCUCACUCAAAAUUGGAGGUAGAAGGUCAUGACAGUAUGGAGAUGUCUCAGGAACCAAAACAUAAUCACAUAUGGCAGCUCUUCAAAGAAGCUCAGCAAAAUAUUCUGUACUUAAACAAUCAACGUCUUUUGGCUGUUGAGGAACUCAACAGAGUAAAUGAAGAGAAACAGUUGUUGCUUGAUAGAAUAGAGCAAUUGGAAGCGGAAAAACAAGCUGGUUUCGGAAAAGAUAACCAAUCUUUGUGCUGCGAAUUGCUGCUUCGGAUAGACUCAAUGGUCCUCACUGGCAUGAUUAACACUGCAGAGGCGUCUAAUUUGAGAAAGACAGUCAUGGAUUGCAAAAUUAGCGUAGCUGAUCUGUUCUUUGAAAAGGUGCAGAAAAGUGACGCUGAGCUUCUUGUGGAACUGCGCCACUUCUCAUAUGGAAGCAAAAA